UAUAGAUUUCCCUUUACAAAGACCUCUUUUCGACUAUAUAAAUAUUAGAAUCCAAUUAUUUUAUUUACACUUGAUUAAACACAGCAACAAUGAAGGUCAUCGCUAUUCUUCUCUGCGUUAUCGUUGCGGUAUAUUGUGAGACAUGUACAUCAGACCGUAGAUGUACUCAGACCACAUGCACAGACUCUUCACAUCAUGUAGUAUGCUUCAUGGGUCAUUGCACAUGCAGCGGCAGAACUGGACACACAUGCACAGACGUAGCUGACUGCAGCAGUGAACAUUGCAGAUUUGGAAGGUCCCAUUGUUAUGACGGUCACUGUCAUUGUCUCCCUGGAGCAGGAAAAUAAUUCAACUAGACACUUCCUUAAUUUCAUUAUUAUAUAAUGGAUUCAAUGAUGUUUUCUUUCAAAUAAAUUGGUGUUUUCCGAUA